AGCUUUCAUUUCGGCUUAUUUUUCGGGCGAGGGUCCUUCUCGCCACGGCAUUAGGCCGAGCAAUGUCAAACCAGCAGCCGGCGCAGCCAAUGAUGUACUACUAUGUGACGAUGCCCGGGCAAGCCCAGUUUGGGCAGGGUGAUGGCAUGCAGGGCCAGACAGUCCCGGCCGGUUACGUGGACGCGCAGCAGAUGCAAGGCUUCAACAUGGGACAGCAGCAGGCCUAUGGCUUUGUGCAGGGUCAGGAUGGCAAUGCUAUGAACAUGCAGCAGAUGGGGCAGGCGCCAACCAUGAUGGCUCCCAGUGGCAUGGGCAUGGGAGGCUCACAGGUCAUGGUCCUGAUGAACAUGCCGCAGAACCAGAUGAUGGACCAGGGGGUGCAUUCGAAUUGGAAUGCUUGUGGUGGUCAGGAGGGGAACAGCAAUUCAGGACAAAACCAGGGCCAUGCCGUCAUGAUGCCCCAGCAGUUUCAGCAGUUUCCGAUGCCUCAGGGCGGCCAGCAACAGCCACAGCAGCAACCGCAGCAGCAGCAGCCGCAGCAGCAGCCGCAGCAGCCGCAGCAGCAGCAGCAGCAGCCGCCGCAAUCGCAGCCGCAAUCGCAGCCGCAGAUGCAGCACAAGCGCGGAGGCUCACGCACGGCUGAAAAGGAGGAUGAGCCUGCCUCUGAACCACCGGCACCAAAGCCGGCAGCCAAGCGUAAGGGGCUGCAGAACAAGAAAUUGGACAAGAAAGAACCAGCCGCCGCCGCCGCCGCGGCCGAUGCAAACCCUGCUGCCGAGGCCGAGGAGCCUGAGCGGAAGGAGGAGCCAAAGGAAAGCGAGCGGGUGCAAAGAUGGCCUCCCAACAUGGCAGCGCAGUCGGGGCGGUCUAUAAACACCGGGGCAGCUUCUGCGAUCAAGGCGUUGAAUUUGGAGCCCAUGCGCGCCGCCACCAAUGCUGGGGCCGGCAAAACCCGCCAAGCUCGGGCUGGCAUUUCGCCGCUGCCUGACGACCUCACCCUGCCACAGCCAGCUGCGAAGCCUGCCCUGGCCCCAGCUCCGACCCCAACGCCAGCCGCCCCCGCUCCGGCACCGUCACCGGCACCGGCACCGGCACCGGCACCGGCACCGGCACCUUUGCCAGCUGCGCCAGCGCAGGCAACUCCAGCGCAGGCAACGCCAGCCCCAGCCAUUGGUGCUGGAGCGCAGUCGCCUCCCCCUGCCGGCAAGAAGGGCUUCAAGCUCAAGAAUGCCUCCCUCUCCAAGGCAAAGACCACCGAAGUGGACCACGAGAACAAGGAGAACAAGGAGAACAAGGAGAACAAGGAGGAGAAGCCGCUGCCAAUUGCUGUUCAGGUAGAGCCCCAGCCCAUUGCUGACGAGCCACGGAUGACCUUGAUGCCUGCGAAUAAGACCUUAGACCGCGAGCUGAUGCUUCGGAUUUGGCGCCUGCAGCGCAGCGAAGUGCACGCCUCCGUGUCGGGCCUCGGCACAGGCGAGCGCCCCACGGAGCGGCCAACGCCGGACAUCCGCCGCACCGGGCCUCGGCAGCCGGACAUCCGCCGGGCGCCACGCCGGGAGCCGGUGCUGAAGCAAUCGGAGAACGCCUACCGCAUUACAGAGCCCACCACUCGUAUGGAGGAGCUCGAGAGAAGAGUCCGAGGCUUGCUGAACAAGAUCUGCCCGGACAACUUGAAGACCAUCGUCGACACCCUUGCCAGCAUCGAGCUCAAGAGAGCUGAGGAGCUGGAGUUUGUGAUCAAAAUCAUCUUCGGGAAAGCGCUGGUUGAGCCGCACUAUUGCGAGACCUAUGCAGACAUGGUCUUCGCGUUGCGCACACGCUACCCGGAGUUCCCCCCAGAGAACGAGGGCGAGAAGCCUCACAGUUUCACCCGAGUUUUGCUCAACACAGUCCAGAAUGAGUUUGAGAGCCUACCCACGACCUUUGAGCCUUCGGAUGACGAUAGGGCGAAGUUUCCUAGCCCAGAGGAUUUGGGAAUGGAGAUGAAGAAAAGGAAGAGCAAGAUGCUGGCCAACAUGAAGUUCAUUGGCAACCUCUUCCUGCGCCAGCUGCUCGCCGUGAAGGUCAUCGGCCAGGUGGUCCAUGAUCUGGUCGGCAUCAAGCAGGACAACUCACAGCCUGAAGAGCACAUGAUUGAGUGUGUUUGCGAACUUCUGCAAGCCAUUGGCUACACCCUGGAUGAGACGCCGCAAGGCGAGUCUUUGAUGAACUCCUUUGCCUCGAGACUGAAGGAUAUUGCCGGUAUCAAGGUGAACGGCAAGUCAGCAUUUAGCAAGCGCAUUCAGUUCUCGAUUGAGUCUUUGCUGGACCUGCGAAAGAACAAGUGGCAGAAGAAGCUUUUCAAGGAGCAGGCAAAGACCAAGCAAGCGGUGAAGGAUGAGUUUGAACGAGAUGCCCGCAGCCAUGGCCGAAAUACUGGGCCAGACAAUAUGUUCUCCGUCCAGACGGUUGGUGUUCGGCCAGCAUACAUCGAUGAGUUCGCUUCCCAGAAGAAGAAGACCAAGGCUGAAGCAGCCCCGCAGAAGAUCAGCUUUACCAAGGCCCAUGUCAAGAAGUGUUGCCAGUACUUUGGAGAGGAGAAGGAUGGAGACUCUCUCGAAAAUGACUGGAGAAAGGCUUCUCCAACUGCUCAAGAAGCAAAGCAGGGCGUUGAGUGGCUGCUGGAGGUGGGCUUCGACGAUGAGCGGAAAUCAGACACCGUGGCCAUGACCCUCGCGGAGCUCGUCAAGAGACGGUUAGUGCAGUGGGAGACCAUGAAGGAGUGUCUCGCAUCAUCCGUGUCCACUUUGCCCGAGAUGAAGAUGGAUGCACCCCACGCAGAUGUUAUGUUGCAUUGUUUGAUUGCACGCCUCCUCAUGCUGCAGGAUGCGUUCAACCCAGUUGUGCUCAAGCCGAUCGCGAAUUUUGUCAGCGCCAACGACAAUCGUGAGUUGGGCUGGUCUUUGUUGGUUGGCAUCGUCAAGAAGCUCAAGAGCGAAGGACAGAAGGAUGUCCUGAGAAAAACCCUCAGCAUGAGUGAGUUCACCAGCUCUGCCGCCACAGCUCGGGGUACUACUGCCCUGGAGGCGAAGAAGCAGCUGGAAUCGGCGUAGCCAUGCAAAUGGGUUUCCCGGGCCUGCAAAUGACACGGUUUGCAGUUGCCAUUCCAGUUUCAGGGAGAGAACACCUGCUACGGAUUGAGCAGUUUGCCUC